AUGAAAAUAAAGGCUGAGGGUACCGUACGCAAACCGAAGGUGGACACUGACUACUCCACCCUUAACAGCACGAAGCAGAUAGAGAAAAAAGAGGAAGCGUUAUUUCAUGCUCUGGGGAUGAAUGAUCAUGAUUUUCGAUUCGGAGUUUCAAAAGUCUUCUUCCGUCCUGGAAAAUUUGCAGAGUUUGACGCCAUCAUGAGAUCAGAUCCAGAAAAUGUCGCUGUGAUGGUGGCUAAAGUUAAAAAAUGGCUGCUUGCAUCAAGAUAA